AAGUUGUUUAUGUUUGUUUGGAAACAUUCUGCAUUUGCCGGUACAUCUUCUAGAUCACAAAAUUUCCUCUGGAUUACCGCACUAAAGCAGAAAACAUAGUUUUGGUCCCAUUCGGCAUUUAAAAACAGGGUUCUGAUCAUAAACGUACCGCACGUUUCGUGACCAACGAAUGCUAAAACACAGUCUUGUAGCGGGAUAACAAGCGGUAUGGCUGGACGUGGACGUGGUAAAACCAGUGGCACAUUAACUCAAGAGCAGCUCCAAUCGCUAGGCGUCACAAGUAAAGAGAUACAGGCUGUUACCUCGGCAGCUCCACCACCGCUGUAUCCUCCAUUGCUGUCGAAACCGGUACCGUUGGAGUCAAACGCAGAUCGAAGCUAUAAAAUACUGUGGAAAGAAGAUUUUAUCUCCUAUUUACGAGAGUCCACGUACUACACAACGAAGAAAAGUUCCAAAAUGACAGUCCAGCGCUAUUGUGAUAAAGUUAUUAAUGUUAUAGAGAAUGAUCCAAAAACAAAACGCGAAGGAGAUUUUCUGUGGAAACUGAUGCCUGCAGAGCUGAAGCCCAGCUUCAAACGCUUGAAGGCUGCAUCCGGACCAACAAAGGAGAAGCGAAUGCGAAGUGCAGAUGAUAUUGAUGCGAAGCUGAAGGCACUGGAGCAGAAAGAAUCAUCCGGCGACAAUGCGGAUGUGGUUAAAAAGGAGAAGAGUGACUCUGAAGACGAGAAAGAUGGCGAUGAUCAAGAGGAGGAAAUGAUUGACGAAGAGAUGGACGACGAUAACGAUUAUGGUAACAACUAUUUCGAUAACGGCGAAGCGUAUAAUGAUGAGGACGACAAUCUAGACGAUGGACCAGUUUAUUAAAGCUAAAUACUUUUACAUACA